GACAGACAGACAGACAGACAGACAGACAGACAGACGGACAGAGAGUGCGAGAGAGAGAGAGAGAGAGAGAGAGAGAGAGAGAGAGAGAGAGAGAGAGAGAGAGAAAGAGAGAGAAAGAGAAAGAGAGAGAGAGAGAGUCUCUCUCUUCCUUCCUCUCAUCCUUCCUCUCGCUCUCUUUCUCUAACCCCGGUGCGAAGAGACCAGACAAGACAUGGCUGCCACUCUGAAGGGAACUGUUGUCUCUCUUCUUCUUCUCUCCUCCAUUUCUCAAGGUGUCCAUGGUGUUGACGUGUUCCACCGUGAGUCAGUGAGAGCUGUAGAGGGUCAGAACAUCACUCUACCCUGUUUACUAGAAGUGAAGGAGGGACGUAAACCCGUCAUCUCUCAGGUAGAAUGGAGGAAGAAAGGAGAGCUGGAGGACCACAAGCUGGUAGUGUUUAACCCUAGUUUUGGUGAAACCCUCAUCUGGCCAAACGUCGCCCUGGACGUGGCGUGGAACAAGGACAAGCUAAUGGGCACGUCUCUGGUUCUGAAGGAUGUAGAGGCUAGGGACAGCGGGCGCUAUAUCUGUGACAUCACUACCUACCCCAACGGGUCCAUCAGGAAAGUCACUCGGCUGAGAGUUGAAGGUCCUGCUGUCACUUUGACCCCAGGCAACAACGUAACUGAACCUACGGUUACCGGCAACAACGUAACUGAACCUACGGUUACCGGCAACAACGUAACUGAACCUACGGUUACCGGCAACAACGUAACUGAACCUACAGUUACCGGCAACAACGUAACUGAACCUACAGUUACCGGCAACAACGUAACUGAACCUACGGUUACCGGCAACAACGUAACUGAACCUACAGUUACCGGCAACAACGUAACAAGCGACCUAACAGGGCCAGGAGAGAUGACAACCCCCACAGCUACACACAACACCAGUAUCACUAUGACUACCUCUGUCACCCAGCUAAUCAACUCCAAUACACACCGAUCAGUCAACACAGAGGCGGGACCAAAGGGGUCAGAGGUCAACAGCUCCACGGACAGUCCAAUCAGAGUCCCAUCCACGGCCCAAUCAGGAUCCACCUAUCCACCCAAGGUCCAAUCAAAUCAGCCCACUCCAUGGAGCGUCCGAUCCGAUGGUGGGCAGAGGAACGAGUCUGAAGCAGAGACCUCCAGCUUUGGUCAGGGAGGCCCAGUGUCCACUACGCUAACCCCAGAGAAGAGCACCCUGGCUGGGGAGAAGGAAGACCACACCCUGGGGACCUCCACCACCUCCACCUCCACUCCCUCCCAUGGGGAGACAGGUCCCAGUCAGAGGUACGUGGUGGUGUGGGUGCUGCUUCCUGUCCUGGCUCUGCUGCUCGUGGUAGGGUUCCUCUACAGACGGUAUAUUACCCAGAAGAGGAUGGACCUCCCUCCCCCCUUCAAGCCUCCUCCCCCUCCAGUGAAGUAUUCCUCUUUGAGAGCUCAUGACGUCCCCAUGACCGACAUUCUCACCUGAAGGGGGCGCUGUUGUAUUUGUUUUAUGGUUAAAUGAAACCCUCCAUUGGUCCUCAUUCAUUUUAUAGUGAUACUUAAUGCGCGUCCUCUGCUGUCAGAAAUAUAAAUGAGCCUUUUACUGUAAUACAUUUUCUGUGCCAAUGCUGUGUGUUUAAUGGUGCCCCUUUACAAAGCUGGACUUUGAAGCCUUUUCUUCUGUCACCUUCUGGAGACACCUGAAACCCCACCUCGUUAAGGAAUACCUAGGAUAGGAUAAAGUCAUCCUUCUCACCCCCCCCCCCCCCCCCCCCCCUUAAAAGACUUAGAUGCACUAUUGUAAAGUGGCUGUUCCACUGGAUGUCAUAAGGUGAAAGCACCAAUUUGUAAGUCGCUCUGGAUAAGAGCGUCUGCUAAAUGACUUAAAUGAAAUGUAAAUGUAAUGUUGCUAUGCGUUUUUGGUUUUCAAUUAGCUUUUACCAAAUAUUUUUGUUACAGAAAUGUCUUUAUGGUUAAACUUUGGUGUGAAUUAAGGAAACCAAAAUAUUCUUUAUUACAUUUGUAAAUGUUAUAUUUUCUUUUACCAGAUAUAUUUGAUGAAAUAAUUAAGAUUGCAAUUGAAUGUAUCCAAUCUGUUUAAAUAAAGAUCUUAAACAUA